GCGGUCGCUCAGCUGCUCCCUCCUUCCGCCCGGCGCCGGCUUUCCGAGGGACGGUCGCCGCUUUCCGUCGUCGCGCGGCCCCUGCGGUGCCCGAGCCCGCAAUGUCGGGCCCCAACGGGGACCUGGGCAUGCCGGUGGAGGCGGCCACGGAAGGCGAGGACGAUGGCUUCGGGGAAGCAGAGUACGCGGCCAUCAACUCCAUGUUGGACCAGAUCAACUCCUGUCUGGACCACCUGGAGGAGAAGAACGACCACCUCCACGCCCGGCUCCAGGAGCUGUUGGAGUCCAACCGGCAGACACGCCUGGAAUUCCAGCAGCAGCUCGGGGAGGCCCCUGGCGAUGCCAGCCCCUAGGCUCUGGGAGCCUCCAACCGGGCCCCAGUCCUGCCUCCCUUGGCCCUUACUGUCUGGCUUAGACACCUCCUCAAGAGCUGGCCUUUGGGUCCUCCGCCUGCCUGAGCCAGCCCUUACUUCCUAGCCCGUCUCUUGGGGCCAGGUGUGAAUAUACAACCCAUUCAUUUGCCUGCCGGCCCAGCUCCUGGACCUCCCUCCUCCCCCCCAGGAUUGGAAAUCCACAUUAAACCAAUUCUCCACA